AUGGAGGUUGCGGCGGAGAGAAUCAGAUCCGCCGUCAAGAAUCUACUGCCUGAGCGGCCACACCAUCUGGCUCUUUCACUCGACCGUAAAUACCCAGUCCCUCCAAACUUCUGGGACCACCAGUCCCCUCUGCAAUACUCCACCUUCCUAUCAGAUGCCGAUCGCGGCCUCCUCCUGACCCGACCAUACUUCGAUAUAUGCGACGAGCCCGAGCCGCCUGUGCCCACCCGCCAGUCCACUCCCCUGGCUGGAGCCAAGAAGACCGGGAACAAGGUCUCCCUUGAAUUUUGGAAGAGCAAGAAGGUGGCCACCUCGCCAGCCGAGAACGGUGUCUUGGGCGGCAAAAUGGACGAUAAGAAGCAACAGGCGUCUGCGCAGAGAUCUGAGAAGGACGUCUCGCGCAAAGAACAGGACAGGGUAAAGCAGGCGGGCGCACAGCGGGAUAGCAAGGGCCAGGACGCCCGGGGUAAUGGGGACAUGGAGAGGUCUAAGAGCUCAAUCUCCAAAAUCGCAUUGAGAGAUGCGCGGAGUCCCUCGUCUGAGGGCAGAAAGCGGCCACUAGAACAGGACGACAGCACGAGGCCACACAAGAAGACGAAACCGAGCGAGCCACAACCAUCAGAGAUUCCGCGCAAACCCCCACGGCCAGAGACCCCGGGCAGCAGAGAACACGCCAGGUCUGCCAGUAAGGAUAGCAGAUCAGGAGGGCUCCAGUCGAAUGCAAGCAGCCGCUCAAAGGAUCACCCGGGCGCAGUUUCGCCAAAGGUCACGGUCAACGGCACGAAAUCCCAGAGCUCUGCGUCUCGCAACCCCAUACCCCCAAAACCAGAUACCUCUAAGAAGCCCUUUGUCCCUCCAAUGCUUUCCCCCCUACGACAGCUGCCGUUCGACGAAGACCUGGAGACGCGGAGCCCAAAGAAGAAGGCGGCGGACAACUACGCGACAGGAAAAACAUCAAGCAAACCGCCGAGGCCAGAGGUGUCGGUAAAGAAGAAGGCUGCAACGCCAGAGAUACCGCCGAUGCUAUCGCCUACAUUGCCUCCCCAGGUUGAGGAAGCACUGGCUCGAAUACAGAAGGCGUCACUAAAAGGAGAAGCGAGUCACGCGCCGAGCCAGUCCUCGGAUGGGAUAACGGGCGCACGCAAGACACGACCUCCGGCGGACAACCUUGACGCAGAUGCUCGGCCAACGAAGAUUGUGACAAUCAAAUACAAGAAAGCCAUCCGCAAGAGGAUACAAAGUCUCCUCGCGCUGCCUUCGAGGCCAUGGCCAAAAGAGCGGUCGCUCAGCGCCGAGGACACACCACCCCCUGCAAAGAAACGGCCACGUGCCACCGAGCCCAUUGCAGAGCCGGGGGCGAGCUCGAUAGCUACGAAACGGCCAAAGGCACCUGAGGUCACAACGAGCAAGGCCCCAUAUACACCACCGAAGCCCCCCACGGCCAACAGCCACUCUGCACCCGGAAGCUCGCAGACGCAGACGCCUGGGGGCAGGGUUGCUCAGACCCCAAGCGCGGGGGAUGCGGUGCAGACGGGCCGGGAUGGCGGCUCCCAGGCCGCCAAAGAAACGUUCAGGAGGCGGUGGGAAGAGUUCUGCGGGAUCGGGAAGAAACUGAAGCACAAGCGCGACAAAGAAUAUCCGACGAAUGGGGCCGGGCCUAACGGGGGCGCGCAGCUGAGGGACUAUCGCCGAGCGAUGCUCACGGUCGAGAUGAUCUUGGCGUACAUGAUCGCCUUCCGCUCUCUCAACCAGAGAUCGGAGGUGUCCGGGGCGGCGAUGGACAUGGCUUCAUGGCUCACGCUGGAGCCUCACCUUCGAGAGCUGAAGCAGAUGGCACGGCACUCGACCUCACUUCAGGCACUCGCAUACCAGCUCCACGGCAUCGUGAUCAACGAGCUGAUCAGGGCGUAUGCUUCUAUGGGCGUGCAUGGCGGCGACCUGUUAAAACUCGGAAAAGAUCAGCACAUGGCGGUCUUCCAGGCCAUGCGAAACAACCCGAGGAUAUGGACCGAGGCCAAUGAUCUGCGUGGCAAGGUGGCGGACAAGAGUAUGAGAACACCGACCAUGGGAAACUGGACAACGCCCCACAAGGCAGCGUCCGACGCGCUAUUGGUGCUUGCGCGGUUUGCAGAGCGCGAGCAUGUCAAUUGGCGUGCCGAGAUGGUGGUGCCAACCGAAGGAGCAUAA